AAAUGGCCUGUACCUAUCGGAAUAUUACAUCACUGCCACUCCCCUCUGUACGGCCUCGCCGCGCCGACUGGCCGCCUGUCGUCUGCGAGAAAUCGAGUGAAAAAAUUCUUUUCUGCUCACGUUUGUAUCUCUGUGUUGGUUGUUUGUUUGUUUGAAAUCGUGAUGAAUGGGGCUAUGAUGCUGCGCGAUGGACCAGAAUUUGAUGCGAGUGAUUUGGGUGGUUUUAUGGCAGUUAUUUGAUCCGUGAGUAGUUUUCGGUGGAAGUUUCGUGAUUUUGUUUGCGGAGAUGGGUAGCAUAACUGACGCGACGAUUCUGCAUCAUGUGUCCAUCGUCUUGAUUUCGCUGUGGCUUCUCAAUUCAUAUGAUUGUUGUCACCCUGUUGCUUAUUUUGUCUCGCUCAUAUAUCUUUAUCUCGUUCAUGAAGGGUAUGUUCUGAGACUGAGAAAGAAACUACAGUUCGAAGAAAAGAGAGAUGCCAAUCAGAAACGGGUGCUUUUGGAUUCUGAAACCGUUAGAUGGUUGAACCAUGCUGUUGAGAAGAUGUGGCUUGUGUGCAUGGAAGAGAUAGUUUCUCAGAAGAUACUUCUUCCUGUUGCCCCAUGGUUCCUGAAAAAAUAUAAACCUUGGACGGCGAAAGAUAUUGAGAUUCAGCAUUUUUAUCUGGGAAGAUCCCCUCCUAUGAUUACUGAAAUUAGGGUUCUUCAGAACUCCAGUAGUGAUGAUCACUUGGUUCUGGAAAUAGGAAUGAAUUUUCGGACAGCUGAUGAUAUGAGUGCAAUACUGGGUGUGAAAUUGAGGAAAAGACUGGGUUUUGGAAUGUGGGCAAAGUUGCAUUUGCUGGGCAUGCAUAUUGAGGGGAAGGUGUUAGUUGGAGUAAAAUUUCUUCGUGAGUGGCCUUUCAUUGGUCGCCUGCGUGUCUGCUUUGCUGCGCCGCCAUAUUUUCAAAUGACGGUUAAGCCAAUGUUCUCUCAUGGCCUUGAUGUAACAGAAGUUCCCGGGAUAUCUGGCUGGAUAGAUAAUCUCCUGGCCCUUGUUUUUGAACAAACUCUGGUAGAGCCUAAUAUGUUGGUGGUUGAUGUUGAAAAGUUUGUCUCACCCCAGCCAGAAAAUUGGUUCUCUAUUGAUGCAAAGGAAGCUGUUGCCAAUGUUAUUGUGGAAGUUAUUGAAGGUGCUGAAAUGAAGCCAUCUGACUUGAAUGGGUUGGCUGACCCAUAUGUAAAGGGACAACUCGGGCCUUUCCGAUUUGAAACUAAAAUUCAGAAGAAAACUUUGGCACCAAAAUGGCUUGAGGAAUUCAAGAUCCCUAUCUGCUCAUGGGAUGCACUCAACAUUCUUGUCCUUGACGUUCGUGAUAAGGACCAUGUAUUUGAUGAUAUGAUGGGAAAAUGUUGUGUAAGCAUCAAUGAGCUUAAGGAUGGACGAAGGCAUGACAUGUGGCUGCCUCUCCAGAACAUUAAAAUGGGAAGAUUGCAUGUUGCAGUAACUGUAUCUGAAGCUAAUGGAAAGGCCACGGAACCUUUGUCAAGUGCACGAGGCUCCAAUGCCAAUCAUAAACGAGUUUCUUUUGAGGCUGAUCCGACACCAACAUACUCUGAAGCUGAGUCUAAGAAAGAGUCGGACUAUCUUUCCCAGAAAGCCUCCUCACCAAGAAUGCCAGAGCAGUCCCCAGAAGUUGAAGAUAAAUUUGAGCCAGUCAACAUUGAAGGGCAAGAGGACACUGGAAUUUGGAUUCAACAUCCAGGUAGUGAUGUAGGGCAAGUUUGGGAACCAAGGGAGGGUAAAAGCAGGAGCCGGGAUUCGUCUCAUAACCUUAGCCCACACGUUAAGGGCGACAUUGGUGAAGAUGAUGAUAGCAGCAGCAGUAGCAGUGAUGAAAAUGCAGAAUCUCUGAAGCAGAAAUCAAAGAAGCAAAUGCGGCGAGGGCUGAAAAAGAUCGGUUCAAUGUUCCACAAGGACAAGGGUCCGGGGGUUGAGGACAAAACAUCACCCUCCGAACAAUUUCCCCAGGACACUAUUAGAGAAACAGAGCUGCCAAAAGAUUACGACUUUGACAAAAAUGUGUCAGAAAACCCACAUGGGAAUGUGAAGCACAGGGCCAAGAACAUGCUGAAACAAGCUGGGAAAUCAGCGCGGGAGUUGAAGUCUGUUCUCUCCCGGAAACGAACAAAGAAGCACAAUGCGCAGUCGAGAUCAUUUCCCACUGGUAGAUACACGCGUCCCGGGCCCAAUGCUUCUGAUGAUGAUGACGACAAUUCAUCGUCUUGUACGGACACGGAGCUUGCCGAAGCUGCUUUGCCUGGUUCUGGCGCGGCAACCGCUGUUGUUGCGCCGGCAUCGGUACCGGUUUUGCAUAAUAAUGAUUCUUUGAAGUUGAAGGAUGAUGUGAUAGGUAAAGCAGAGGUGGUGGUAUCUGGAAACAGUUCAGGUAAGGAAAAUGUACUUGGAGAAAUAGCACAAGCAGCAGAAGCAGCAAUGGUGGCUAGUGAAUAUGAUGAUGCCAUUGCCAAGUCUGGUAAUUUGUGAAAAUGAAUGAUAUAAGCAUAAAGAUGGGUAAUUCCUCCAAUCUUGAAAGUGGAUACAAAUUACAAGGUACACAUAUAUAUAUAUAUAUAUAUUUUAUACAUACAUGCAUGCUUGUUUAUAGUUUAUACAGUAUGUCUAUGUCUAGUUCUACAUAUAUGUAUAUUAGGUGGGUAGUUAAUGGUGGUUUUGCUAUCCAUCAAAGUUUGGGAUGGAAUAGCAAUACUUUAAGAAUAGUUCUUCUGCAAGUUAUGAUCUUUGGAUGGAUAUAUGUAGCAAUGA